AUGUCAAGUCCCGCUAAGAAGAGGAAGCUGAACAAUGGUUCUAAAAGCGCCAACGGGGCCUCCAAGGGCCUCGAGUUCUUUUUCAACAAGCAGAAACAGAGCGUACCAACCGACACUCUUCAACAACAGCCCGUGGCUGCGGCACGGGAUCAGGAGCUCACAGAUGAGCAGUUAGCACGGAAACUGCAAGACGAGUGGAAUCAAGAAGAGACCUCAAAUGCAGACGCGGACCAGUCCGGCGGGGUCUUGGAAGCCGAAAAGCAGGCAGCUACUGCGGCCUCUAACCCAGUGGCUCCCACAGAGCAGUCAAAUGCAGGACUUGGGGUAGGGAAUGAAUCGCCUGCUACUGCGAGUGGUCAGAAGAAGACCUUGACUUUGCAGUGCGCAGGCUUGGCUGAGGACUCGAUAACCUCGACGAUACCGUUCGAUGAAUCGCCUCUACAGUUUGACCCGUCCAAGUACGCUGGUGAACUGCAGACUGCUUGGUCUGGGGAAGGAGGCGACGCGACAUACGCACUUCUUACCAGGUGCUUUGUUCUUGUCAGCGCCACAGCGAGCCGGAUCAAGAUUGUAGACACUUUGGUCAAUUGCUUGAGACUCCUCAUCGAGACAGAUCCGUCCAGUCUCCUGCCAGCAGUCUGGCUGGCGACCAACUCCAUCUCGCCACCUUACAUUUCACUUGAGCUCGGACUCGGCGGAUCGGCUAUCUCGAAGGCUUUAAAACAGGUCUGCGGGCUCGACAGUCGAUCGCUAAAGGCCAUCUACGACAAGUACGGCGACGCAGGAGAUGUCGCUUUCGAAGCCAAGAAGAAGCAAAGCUUUACUUUGAGGAAGCCCAAGCCUCUCACCAUCAAAGGCGUGUAUCAGAGUCUGGUAAAAAUAGCCAACAGCCAGGGCCAUGGCAGCGGCGAGGCUAAGCAACGACUCGUUGAUCGAUUGCUACAAGAUGCACGAGGUGUCAGGUCUCCCAAGGACUUGGCAAAACUCCGAAAAGAAGAAUUGGCGGAAGUAUGGAGUCGCCCGGAAGAGAUAGUCAAGGCCUGCUUUGCCAAGCGACCAAACUACAACGAUCUCAUACCCGUGCUCCUCGAAAUUGGUGUUUGCGAGGAGCUAUUGGGGCGAGAUUUUGCCUGUGAAUUCAAGUACGAUGGACAGAGGGCGCAAAUACACUGCGAUGACGAGGGGAAAGUCUCUAUCUUUUCCCGACAUUUGGAGCUCAUGACAGACAAGUACCCAGAUCUCGUAGAGAUGGUGCCCAAGAUAAGGGGCGAUGGUGUCAGAAGCUUCAUUCUGGAGGGAGAAGUUGUGGCGGUUGACCGAGUGACAGGAGAGCUCAAGCCAUUUCAGACGCUCGCAAAUCGAGCAAGGAAAGAUGUCGCGAUAGGCAGUAUUGCGAUUGACGUCUGCCUGUUCUCAUUUGACCUCAUGUAUCUGAAUGGACAGCCGCUGCUUGACAGGCCAUUCCGCGAGCGAAGAGAGCUCCUUCGAUCUCUGUUUGUCGAGAUACCCCAUCACUUCACUUGGGUGCAAAGCUUGGAUGCUACGUCAAGCGAAUCAGAAACCGUCCUCGACUUUUUCAAGCAAGCGACAGAUGUCAAGUGUGAGGGCAUCAUGGUCAAGAUCUUGGACAAUCUCGAGGCGGUUCCACAUAUGGGCAAUGGAGACGAUUCCACCAAAGACACACCUUCGACCCCGAAGAGCAAAGCCAGAGCAAAGUCGAAAGUCAAGGGCAGUGCCGAUGACGGCGAAGAGAGGAAGUCACGUCGAAAACCACUGCUAGCAACGUACGAACCUGAUAAGCGUCUCGACUCAUGGCUCAAAGUUAAGAAGGAUUACAACUCGAAUUUCGAUACCCUCGAUAUGAUACCGGUAGCAGGUUGGCAUGGCCAGGGUCGCAAGGCCAAAUGGUGGUCGCCCAUCCUUAUGGCGGUGCGCAACGAAGAUACCGGUUCGCUGGAGGUUGUGACGAAAUGCAUGUCCGGCUUCACCGAUGCGUUCUACAAGGCGAACAAGGAGUUCUACGACAAUGGUGAGGAGAGUGUUGAGAUGAGGAACACGCACGUUCAGAAGCCAAGCUUUGUGGAGUAUUCCGGACCGAGUCCAGAUAUAUGGUUCGAGCCCCAAGAGGUUUGGGAGAUGGCGUUCGCGGAUAUCACGCUCAGCCCCACAUACACGGCUGCUAUUGGACUUGUGAGCGACGAGCGAGGAUUGAGUAUGCGCUUCCCGCGAUUCUUGAAGAAGAGGGAGGAUAAGGGUGUUGAUGAGGCCAGCACGAAUGAGUUUCUGGCCUCACUUUGGCGGAAACAGGAGGCCAAGGCAGUCGCAAACGGGGCCACUGAGGGACCCAAAGACGAUGUAGAGGAUGAACCAUAG